GGAAGGACUUGAUCCUUGAUACACGUGGCACUCUCUCUAUCUCUUUCCCUCGCUCUCUAUCUCUCCUCCCUCGCUCUCUCUCAAUCUCUCCGCUCGCGCCAUCUCUCUCAAUUUCACGUAAGCUUUUGAUUCUUGUGGUGGCUUGUAUGAUUGUAAAAUGCAACUGGAUUGUGAUCUUGGCUGCGGAAUCACUAGUCCGUUUCAGAGUGGAAUGAGAAACAACCUAGAAAAGAGUUCUUGAGUACUGGGCUGGGAGAGGAAUGCUUCAGAUUUUUGUUGAUGUGAUGACAAGAGCUUUCCCUGACUACCUGUCUCAGAAGAAGGAUCUCCUGCUUCUACAGAAUAUCGCUAGCUACAUGCUUCUUGCUUGUGGCCUUAUCUAUUUCAUCUCUGGAGUUCUAUGCAUCGGCUUUCUGAAGCGCGCUCGACAGCAGAAGGAAAUUUCAAGAGAACAAGCUGUCAAGGAUCUUGAGGAGAUAGAUCGACGCAGGGAAGAGUUGGAACAAUUGGUCCUGCUGCAUCGCAGUAGAGUUCUCUUGCAAGUUGUUUCGGAGGAGGUGAUUCAGAGUAUGAUGAAGAGGAGAGCACAAAGAAGUUUGCGAGGAAAGUAGCUGAUCAUUAUAGUCACCAAACUCUGGAAGAGAGCGAAGCUAGUCCCAUCAUUCAUCUGAAGAAACUCAACAAUUGGUUGAGGAUUAAGGUUACCAAGAAGAAAUGUUUCUUAAGAAGGAUGAUCCAAAGGUGACGCUGAGUUUUUCAGUUCAUUGGCUCUGAAAAUUAAUGCAGACAUCGCAGCACAGAGCAUGGAGAAGUAAUGAAGAAUUUAAGAAUCUUGUUAAUGACUCUAGGAGUUGUAAUGAAGAUAGCCGAGAAAUUAACACUUGAAGUUAGCUUUUAAGACUUGGGAAGACAUGUUGUUACUUGUUAGUAUAAGACUUGUAUGAUGGUAGUGUAAGACUUGGAAAGAUAAGAUUCUAUGUAAAAUGUAUGUUUUAUGAAUUUAAUGCAAUGUAUAUCUAUAUUAUUAGAAA